AAUGGAAUAAAUAUUGAGGCAAUAUUAAUGGAGGAUAGUUGUGGACAGUAAAGGACAACAGAGGAAGAUGAUGAGUACUUAAUGGAUAUUAUGAGAUGAAAGGAAAAAGAAGUGCUUCCACAACCAUUCAUGGCCUCACUCACAUUCUCCCUUUCUCUCGAAGCUUUCGAUUCCAAGGCCUCAAUUUCAAACUUGAAAACGAAGCGACUCCCCAAGCCAAACCGACACUCUGAAGCACCCUUCAAAUUCACCCACUUAACCAACACUGUUCCUCUCGCAAACGCCGACCUCUCUUCCCUCGCUUCUCAACUCAGCGCAGGCCACUGCAACGCAAUCCUCAAACGACUCCAAGAGACCCCCGACGACGAUGCCAAAACGCUGUCGUUUUUCGACUCCAUGAGGAGAACGGGCAAGCUGGAACGCAACGCCACCGCGUACAACGUCGUUAUUCGCUUGUUGAGCAGAAGACAAGAUUGGGAAGCUGCAGAGACUCUGAUUUCGGAAAUGAUCACCAAUUUCGGCUCCGAAUUGAGUUUUCACGUUUUCAACACACUCAUCUACGCCUGCUGCAAGCGAAACCUCGUGCAAUUGGGGGCAAAGUGGUUCCGAAUGAUGUUGAAUUGCGGCGUGGAGCCGAAUGUUGCGACGUUUGGGAUGUUAAUGGGGCUUUAUAGGAAGGGAUGGAACCUUGAAGAGGCGGAAUUUGCGAUUUUCCAAAUGAGGCGGUUUGGAAUUGUGUGUGAGUCUGCAUAUUCUUCUAUGAUAACCAUUUACGCGCGUUUUAGGCUGUUCAAGAAGGCCGAAGGCGUGAUCGAAUUGAUGGAGAAAGAUGAGGUUGUGCCGAAUUUGGAGAAUUGGUUGGUGAUUUUGAAUGUUUAUAGCCAGCAAGGGAAAUUGGGGGAUGCUGAGAGAGUGUUGGAAACAAUGCAAGAGGCAGGGUUUUGUCCCAAUGUAGUUGCUUAUAAUACUAUGAUAACUGGGUAUGGUAAGGCUUCUAAUAUGGAUGCUGCUCAGAGGUUGUUUCUGAGGAUGCAGAGGAGUGUAGAGUUGGAUCCUGACGAAACCACUUACCGUUCCAUGAUUGAGGGUUGGGGGAGAGCUGAUAACUAUAAAUACGCUACAUGGUAUUAUAAAGAGCUCAAACGGUUGGGCUACAAGCCCAAUUCAUCGAACUUGUAUACCUUGAUAAGGUUGCAAGCCAAGCAUGGAGAUGAGGAGGGUGCUGUUGGGAUACUUGAUGAUAUGCUGGAUUGUGGAUGCCAGUAUUCUUCUAUAAUUAGUACUCUUUUGCAAGUGUAUGAGAGGGCUGGAAAGGUUCAUAAGGUGCCGGUUUUGCUCAAAGGUUCGUUUUAUCAGCAUGUGCUUGUCAACCAGAUUUCUUGCUCCACUCUGGUCAUGGCUUAUGUGAAACACCAGUUGGUGGAAGAUGCCAUGAAGGUGUUGAAUGACAAGAAGUGGAAGGAUCCGCGUUAUGAGGAUAAUUUGUAUCAUCUUUUGAUUUGUUCAUGCAAAGAAGCGGGUUUGCUCGAGGAUGCUGUGAGGAUAUACAGUCAGAUGCUCAAAAGUGAUGACAAGCCGAACAUGCACAUUGCCUGCACCAUGAUUGACAUUUACAGUGUCAUGGGCCUCUUCGAGGAUGCAGAAAUGUUGUAUCUGAAGUUACGAUCUUCGAGUGUUUCUUUGGAUAUGAUUGCUUUUAGCAUUGUUGUUAGGAUGUAUGUCAAAGCUGGAUCUUUGAAAGGUGCUUGCGCGGUUUUGGAUGCAAUUGACAAGCAGCCAGAUAUUAUUCCAGACAAGUUUUUGUUAUGUGAUAUGUUACGGAUUUAUCAAAGAUGUAACAUGGUGGAUAAAUUAGCUGAUUUGUAUUACAAGAUCUCAAAAAACCGGGAGAAGUGGGACCCGGAACUAUAUAAUUGUGUUCUAAACUGUUGUUCUCAGGCUUUGCCAAUAGAUGAACUUUCCAGGCUUUUUGAUGAGAUGGUACAGCGUGGAUUUACACCUAGCACAAUUACCUUCAAUGUCAUGCUCGAUGUCUUUGGGAAAGCCAAGCUUUUCAAGAAGGUUUGGAGGCUGUACUGCAUGGCUAAGAAACAAGGCCUGGUUGAUGUGAUCACUUACAAUACUAUCAUAGCUGCGUAUGGGAAAAAUAAAGACUUAAAGAACAUGUCAUCAACGGUUCAGAAGAUGCAAUUUGAUGGUUUUUCAGUUUCCCUAGAAGCCUACAAUUCAAUGCUGGACGCUUAUGGGAAAGAUGGCCAAAUGGAGGCAUUUAGAUCUGUAUUGCAAAAGAUGAAGGAAUCAAAUUGUGCCGCUGAUCACUACACAUACAACACUGUAAUCAACAUCUAUGGAGAGCAAGGAUGGAUUAACGAAGUUGCUAAUGUGCUUACAGAAUUGAAAGAAUGUGGACUUGGACUUGAUUUGUGCAGCUAUAACACUUUGAUCAAGGCAUAUGGAAUUGCAGGAAUGGUUGAAGAAGCUGCAGGUUUGAUAAAGGAAAUGAGAAAAAAUGGAAUAGAACCUGACAAAAAAACCUACACUAAUCUUAUCACUGCACUGCGACGAAAUGAUAAAUUUUUAGAAGCUGUUAAAUGGUCAUUAUGGAUGAAGCAGAUGAAAUUGUGAAUUCACCAAGAUAUAUCAUUAUCUAAACUGUCUUCUAACCGUUUCUUUGAAGAAUAGUUUGACCUUAAAGUCGUACAUGAGUACAGCCACUGACCGUUGCCGUUCUUGGUAAGACAUUUUCUGUAUAUCUGCUAGCAAAAAUAAACAAAUGAACAGAAGAUCGCUGUAUCAAGUUUUGCUAAUGUGUUGGAGAAUCCAAGCCAUUCAUCCUUCUGAUAUUGUGUCAUAUGAUUGACUGUUUCAUGAUUCCUAUAGGAGAUAUGUGAAAAGAAAAUUUUUAUACGAGAACAAGAAGAGUAAAUAUUGAACAUUGAAUAUAAAUGAUUAAAGAUUAAAACAUAGAAGUUACGUGACAUCUUCAACAAAUAAUCUGAUAUAUAUAUUUUUUUCAAUUGAUGUCUGAAUCUUAGUCCAGAUGUCCUGGCUUUUCGGUGGAAUCGCUGUGUGGGACUUCAAAUAAGGUGUCAGAUAUGAAAUUGAAGUAGGAUGAGACACCAGGGAGAAGUACUGUGAUGAUUAAUAUGGUAUAAACCAUGAUAAUUAAACCCGCUUAAGAUUAAAUGUGAAAGUUUUAGUGGGAAGGUACACCAUCAUUGAUGUUUUACAAAAACAACAUAUAAAGAAUAAAAAUUAGAGUU